AUGCCUCAUGAUGAUGAUUUGAAUCGUGCUGCUUGGGAACGUUGCAAUCACCUUGUUCAAUCUUGGCUCAUCAAUUCAGUUUCUGAUUCCAUCGCGCAAACCAUUGUUUUCUGUGAUACUGCACUUGAGGUUUGGCUUGACUUGAAAGAACGUUUCUUUAAAAUUGAUCGCAUUCGCAUUGCAAAUAUGCGUUCUUCAAUCAACAAUCUCAAACAGGGUGCAAAAUCUGUCUUGGAUUACUUCACUGAAAUGAAGUCCCUUUGGGAAAAGUUAUCUUCACAUAGACCAAUUCCCAAUUGUUCUUGUAUUCAUCCUUGCCGUUGUGUUGCAUCUAGAGUUGCUAAGACACUCAUGAAUGAAGACCAAAUCGUGCAAUUUCUAACUGGUUUAAAUGACCAAUUUCUGGUGCAUGGAUACCCUAAUGUCAAUAAGCCUUCACCUCAUGCUAAUACUGCUUGUCAAGAAGAUUCAGAAAAUGGUGCAAUGUCUUCUUCUGGUUCAGGUGCUUCUGCAAGUUCUCCUUCUGCUGGUUUUUCUCAAUAG